AUGACCUCUUCUUACCAAACGAAUUGUCUAAAUAUCAGCAAAGCAUGGUCUGAUAAAAGAGAAAUUAACAUCAGGGAUCGAACAAUUCGUUUUUACCAUGGAUGGAUGACUCUUCCAUUUACAAUUAUUGCUAUACCUUUAACUUUACUUUUUAUAACUGCCAAUAUCCGUGCAAUUAAAGCCCACAGAGUCAGCAGAAAAUUUCACGUUCUUUUGGUGAAUAGAGCAAUUGGGGAUUUGUCGGCAAUUAUUUGUUCUCUUAUUUCAAUUAUUUAUGUUUUGGCUGUUGAACAUGUAAACCCUUCUUGGCUAACAUUAUUAAAUACUUUAUUUACUGCUUGUUUUUGGUCUGGAUUAGUUACAUAUACAUCUAUUGGUUUAUUGAAAUUAUAUGGAAUUGCAGAACCUCUUAAAUACAAGAAAAAAGUAACUAUGGAAAGGUACGGAGAGAAUUAA